AUGCCUGGCUGCAACUCAAACGGUGGAAAGCUGGGUGCAUUGGCAGUCCUGAAGGAGGUCUUCAAUUGGUAUCCGUCCCAUUAUCCUACGAGCGAGCGAAAAUUGCUCUUCAAUCUGGACAUAUCAAUCUUGUUGUUCUCCUGUCUCUGCUUCUUUGUCAAGUACCUGGACCAAACAAAUAUCAGCAAUGCAUACGUUAGCGGACUCAAAGAGGACUUCACCCUAAACGGGAAUGAACUCAAUUACUUCAACAUUUGCUACUACGCCGCCUAUGUCCUGUUCCAGAUUCCGGGAUUACUGAUGAUGUCCCGACCGAAGUCAGCUCGAUGGUUACUGCCCAGUCUUGAAAUCCUCUGGGGGGUUUGCACCUUCGCGCAAAGCCGGGUCGCCAACGUCAGCCAGCUCUAUGUGAUCCGAUUUCUAGUUGGCAUGUUUGGAGCCCCCGUAUUUGUUGGGACUCAUUUUAUUCUUGGGUCCUGGUAUUCCGGCCCAGAGAUCUCCAAAAGGGCGGGCACUUCGUUUAUUUGUAAUGCACUAGGGACUAUGAUCAGUGGAUAUCUGCAAACCGCGGCCUACACGAAUCUAUCGGGGGUCGGGGCGAAAGACCGGGCGCGGAGGGCCAAGAUUCGCCGGCCAUGGAAAAUGGGGAUAGACGUUUUCAAACGCACUCUCAAGCGGUGGCAUAUCUGGGCGUUCAUCUUCUGUUAUGCAUGCAUGAUUAUAUCUCCAUAUCCAACGUUAUAUAUGAGCCUCUGGCUGAAGGGCGAAGGCUACUCAGUCACCCAGAUUAACAAAUUACCGACUGUCACUUAUGCGAUCAACACGAUCAACAUUGUUGCCUCUUGGCUGGGGACGACCCUCGCCGCGAUAUAUCUUACGUGGCUUACUUACACCAUCGCGUUGGUUCGUCGCAUGGUAUCUCUUCGGACGACGGGAUGUACAAGUCCGAUCCUAUACUCGACUGUCAAUACCAUUGUCAAAGACGACUCAGAGGAGCGUGCCCUUAUCAUGGGCUCGAUGAUGACCUUUGGCUACUCGUUCCAAAUCUGGGUACCGCUGCUCCUAUUCCCAACCGCUGGUCCCGACGAUGCGCCGCGAUGGCGAAAGGGGUGGCCUGCGGCAUUUGCCUUUUUCGUUCUUCUGUGGCUUGGAUUUAUCGCAGCUAUUGCGAUACAUCAAUGGGAACUAACGUAUAUCCUCUACGAUGAGCGCGACGGAAGAGAAGACGAAGACGCAAUUUUAGUUGAGGUUGCUGCGAAUAAUAAAGGUGGGAACUAG